GCGGUGGAAGCUAACUAACCUACAUUAUCGCUUACUUGCAUAUUCCAAUAUGUCUCAAUUGUCAGAAGUAGAACAGAUUGUCCCUCGACCUAGAGCCGAUACCGUCCCAUUAGCUACCAUGAUCGAUUAUAUGUGUCUUAAAGUGUACACCGAUCUAAUGCGCCUCGUCGAUCUUCUGCCCAGUAAAACUGAUCUCGAAAAGAAAAUGGAGAUCGCCACAUUUUUAAGUAGAACUAGACAUCUCUUUAUUAGACUUGAAGCACUUGUAAAAUGGGCAAAUAGUGCUUCG